AUGUCGCGCUCCGCCAUUCUCUACGACACACAGCUCACCAUCACCGCCAUCGACCCCGACGGCAAGAAGUUUGACCGCGUCUCGCGCAUCGUCGCGUCCUCGCCGACAGACUCGACGCGCAUCCUGCUCGAUGUCGCCGUCGACAUCUACCCGCUCACAGUGGGACAGAGCCUCAACUUCAAGCUGGCAGACUCGCUUGCGCCCGACGGACAGGAGGAGGAUGCGCGCGAGGCGUGGCGGAGAGAAGGGCCGAGUCUGGCAGAUGAGGCGGCAUAUGUCAUGUACGGCAAGGUGUACAAGUACGACGAGACGACGUCGCGCGUCGUGACGGCGUACGCCUCGUUUGGAGGGCUGCUCUUGGCGCUGACAGCAGACGCCGAUGCACUGGCAAAGGUGGCGGUGGGGAGCGGCGUGUAUCUGCUGCUCAAAUAGAUCGGGAUGAGAGAAAGAGCAAGCGUGGCGCGAGAGGCAGGAGCGGGG